AUGAUGUAUACGUUAAAGGGGAGCUACGCGGUGAUGACGCUUCUUCUGUUUACUCGGACUCAUGGCGAUCUCUUCAGACACGCGGAGCAACAUCAGCGAUACAAUCCCACGAUACCGUCACUUCCGUGGUAUCUCGCAUCAACUCAAGAGAUCGUCCUCCAUGAUAUUAUUCUCAAGUCGAUCAUCCCGGCAUCGUUUGAUAUCAAGGCGAUCCAGAAACGCCCGUUGGACGCUUCGUUCUACGGUGGUCCGAUCGCUGCGACGUAUUCGAGCGACGGUGUUCUAUCGCACGGUAAUGUCUAUCGUCUGCUCAAUGGUCAUUGGAUGCUGUGCGAGGACGGAUGCGUCGAUUGCGAUCCAUGUGCAACACAGGGAAAUCCCUUAUUCAAGUGGAUCCUGCAGAGCGCCAGGCGCCCAUCAGAUUCCGACCCGUUGCGACAUGAUUUCCAGCUGACUAUAAUCUCACAAAUGAACGAUCACUUCCGCACGAGCAACUUCUGGCCCAAUAACUAUAAUUACGUAAUAUCCGGGACGGAACGGAGCUCAAUCUUGGUCACCAGUACGCAGCAUGACAACGCCACAGAAAAUUCUCUACCUAAUCUCGAAAACAGUUUUUCCCAACAGCAUAAUCGAUCGAAGGAUCUCUGGCAGUUGACGGAACGGGAUUCGAUCUCGCAAGAAGAGAAUCACAUUCAGGGGAACGCGAGCACCGACAAACCGCUCGAACAGAAGCAUCGAUUUAGAAAUAUGAGACAUCGACCUCGGCCCGUGGAGAAAACCGCGAAAGAAGCGAAUCAAUUGGCGCCCAAGUUGAUCCUGGGAACCGAUCAACAGGGUCAAAAGCAUUUGAUUCACGUGGUGCCGGCGGAUCAUCCGCCGAUAAACACCUCGCAUUUCGCAAAUUUGCUCGCUCCGAAUCAUUCGAUAUCGUCGCAUUUCGUGGAGGGCGAAGCAAUACGUUUGAAUAAUACAAUUCCUAAGCACGAGAAGCAAACUUAUCAGCGGAUAUUCCGGCGAGUUUUCGACUCCUUGAAUACGCACAGGCAAUCAAUCGAGAGUUUCCUCAAGUCACCGAACAAUGUAAGUGAACAGCGAAUAGCUUCCUCCAUGGACGAUGUUGCUGGAUUUCCCUGGCAUAAUCGCGAUGUAAAUCACACAAAUGCUAAUUUCGAGACAUUGCGCCUUAAUGAAACGCUGUUAUCGCCUCUUUAUGUAAAAGAUAAUGAUGAAAUAGAAAAAUAUCAACAACAUAAAAACAAUUAUGAUUACCAACAUGUAAAGCCGGACGUUAAUAAUUAUUAUGCAAAUAGAAAUCAAACUAGGAUAUCGCGUGGCCAGUUGCCAAUUAAUUUUGAUUUCAACAGGGAACGGCGAAAAGCACGUGUCAGGCCGUACUCCAUUAAUACUAAAAAUAUCUCAAAGAUAAAUUCAUCGAUUUUAUUACAAAGUUCGGACAGUUCUUUAAUAGAUAUUCCAAAACCUGAUUUUAAUAAUGACUUUGUUAUAAACUACGCGAAGCAAAUUAAUCCUAAUGAAACAUUUAUUGAUAAGGCAAAUAACGAUUUCAUAGAGUCGAGCUCGAUAAUAAUAAAACGCGAGAAUGAACGAGUAUUCAACUCGGAGAGGUUGGCAAGUGGCGAUGCUAAUCGAGAAUUCGAAACUUCGCACCAUGCUUUCAGGAUAAUUACUACCGAAUCGCCGGUGAUUCAAAAAGGACACGAAACUCUAAAUCGUACUGCAACAUUACAAAUAAAUACUUCAAAGACAUUUGCUGAUAAUCAGUAG